ACUUCCAUUUUGUCGUGUUUAGAUAUUCGUACACGUUUAUAUAUUAGACUGUUGUUGAUUAAAUUUUAAAAAUUCUUCUGUGGUUUCUAUUUUUAAUGGACAUAUAAUCUGUAGGACUAUACAAUCUACGAAUAAGGAACGCGGGAGAAUGAGUGAGAACCAGCUGAGGAUUUUGGCGGGAUUUAACGGGAUUUUGUGCCUUAUUGUAACACUACAAGCCCCAUCCUCGAGAUCCGGAGAGCCUGGACAGCGAGAUGUGUUGAACCUGACCGCCAUCUACAGCGCUAGGCAGGAAACCUCCCUGCAGGACCUGGCUGGCUUCUGGUCGUACAACGAGACAUUCGACAUAUCCAAAUACGAAGACUUCGACCACUCAAAGUUUCUGGAUAUGCCAGGCAUCAAGUUCGACGACCCCCCUCCCCCUGGGGUAGAAGCACUGUGGCCAGAAGGAGCUGACCUUGGGCAGUUUGCAUCCCCCCCUCCCCAUGACCUUCCAGUGUUUGAUAACACACUGAUAACAAAUAUCUCUGCUCAACUCGGGGGAACUGCCUUCCUACACUGUAGAGUUCGCAACGCAAACGAUCUCAGGGUAUCCUGGGUGCGUAGACGAGACUGGCACAUCAUCAGCUCUGGAGCGUUGACCUACACCAAUGAUGAGAGGUUCCAAGUGAUACACAACGAGAACACCGAGGACUGGGACCUGCAGAUCAAGUUUGUACAGAAAAGAGACAACGGGACAUACGAGUGUCAGGUAGCCACCAGUUCAGGCAUCAUCUCUCACUACUACAAUCUGCAUGUAGUGGUCCCUGCUGCGUUUAUCCUCGGCAGCGGAGACUAUCACAUUGGCGAGGGCAGUACGAUCAGCUUAGUUUGUAUUAUUGAAAACAGUCCAACUCCACCCCAGUACGUGUUUUGGUACCACAACGACAAGAUGGUGAACUACGACUCUGCUAGGGGAGGGGUGACGGUCAGCACCGAGCCAGGACCGAAGACUCACAGUAGACUGAUCGUCAACAAAGCAACACCAGCAGACACGGGCAACUACACGUGUAGGGCUCCCAACACUGAGCCAGACACUAUACACGUGUUUGUGUCCAAGGAGGGAGAAAACACCGCAGCUAUCCAAAGACAGAGAGCAGCGCUAUCCCACAAUCCUCUGCGAUCAGUAGUACUUCUGUUACUGGCUGCAUCCCUCUGUCUGUGAUACUAGAGAUGAGGUCAUCCAAGGCAUCCCGGGUCAUCCAAGGACAUCCAAGGGCAUUCUAGGUCAUCCUAUAUCAUCCGAGGGAAUCCUAGGUCGGCCGAAGGCAUCCUAGGUCAUCCAAGGUCACCAAGAUCAUCGCGAGAGAUAGUAUUACAGUGAACUCAAGCGUGAAGGUUGAUAGUGAGAGCUGGAGCGGUUUAUCUGACUUUCAUACGUAUUAAUAAUUUAAACG